CGUGCUGACAGCCGAAUUCUUGGUCAAAUCGCCCGCACCAUUCAUUCCGUUUUAAUGCGAAGUGGUAAGGUAAAUCUGUUAUUCCACCUUGGCUAGAAGUGGAAACCUCUGCCUUUGUUGUAAUUUAACCUUUUUAUUGACAUAUGAAUAUAGAAAAAGUGCACAGAACAAAGGUACUCUGGCUAAACUUUAACAAAGUGAGCCCACCUGUGAAGCCGGAGCCUUGCUCAAGACAAAACAUGCCCAGCACCCUCCUUUAUGCUCCCUUUCUACCCCAGGGAAUAUACCACAAUUUAUUGAAUGGUGAUGGGCAUUCAGGUAAGAAAAACUGCAUUUUGUUUUCCCUUUCAUAUUCCUGUUUGUCCAGGAUCUGCUCAGUACCCAUGUUGGAGCCCCACUUUGUGUGGCCCUUUGUAUAGCUGGGAAAUGGUCUCUUGUCUCUUUUCUCCUGGGUGGCUAAAUCAUCUUUAGGGGCCCCUUGGCCACAUGCUCACAGCAAUGGCUUUUAGAGCUGAGCUUCUCUGGAACAGAAGCUGCAUGGGUAGCAUCGCUCUCUGAGGCAGGGCAGGCUUUUUCUGCAAGACCUGGGCUCUGGAAGAGACUCUCUAAUACUGAGACAAGAAGGGAUCAGAGGUCUGUGGAUACAGCCACAGGAAUAUAAAUAUAGCAGGAAAUACAUAAAGCAGAAUCAGAGGCCAAUGGAAAGAGAUCCUUACGUAUCUUAGCAGAAGUCAACAUGAAUAAAAAAGCCAAGGACUACCAAUAAGAAGCUGCUCCGCUUUCUAGAGGGCAAAAACUUAACUUAGAUCCCCACAAGAAGGAAGGGAAGGAGAAGGGAGAAGGCACAACUCCUGAACCGACUGAAUGUUUAGUCUAAAGAGACUGAAUUUAAAACUGGAAGUGACAGUGUACUGUGAAUUGGUAAGUUUCAGUUUUCUGCCGUCAGAGGAAAUGGGAGCUUGUCAGCUAAUCAAAAUGUAGUUAAUAAUGAAAAUAAUAUAUUAGCUAACACUCACUGAAUGUUUAUUAGAUAAAUAAAAACUUUUUUUUUUUUUUGAAGGAGAAAAGAAAGAGAAAGAAAGGAAGGAUGGACCCAGAUUGGGAGCAAGGAAACCAGACUGAAGUUCUGACUCUACUUCCCAACUUGGUAGUUUUAGGCAAAUCUUGUUGCUCUCCAUCUUAGGCUGGUUUUCUAGAGAAGCAAAACCAGUGAGAGGUGUGUGUGUGUGUGUGUGUGUGUGUGUGUGUACACACACAUGUACAUGUAUAUAUACAUAGAGAGAUUUAGUUCAAGGAGUUGGCUCACAGUAUUAUAGAGGCUGGCAAGUCACAAGUCCAUGGGUCAGACUAGAGGCUUCUCCCGACUCACAUAGCUGUAGGGACUGAUGAACCCAAGAUUGGGAAGUCAGGGGGCAGGCUGCUGGUUCACGGGCUGCAGAGGCUGACAAAUUCCAGGAUCAGCAGGCAAUAUGGCAAGUUGCUGGGUCACCAGCUGCAGAGGUUGUUGAAUCCCAAGAUGAGCAGGUGAGUUGCUAGCUCAAGUCCCAAGAACCAGAAGUCAGAUGAUGAUGAGCCAGAUGCAGGAUCCAGAACCAGAGCCUUGCUGGAACAUCCAUUUAUACACUGGAGGCAAGCCACACCCCCAGGGAAACUCCCUUUCAGCUGAUUGGCUGCUCAUAGCCAAUCUCAUCAUGGAGUCGAUUACAUCAUUACAUAACUGCCAAACCACUGAGAAUCAUGGCCCAGCCAAGCUGAGACACAACCUAAAACCAUCACACCCUUUAAGCCUUAGUUGGCUCACACAUGUUUCUGAGGCUGAACAAGUUGUUUGUAAAUUAUAACCUUCUCUGAAAUCAUCAGGGAUUAAAGGAUCAUCUAGUACCAGAUAGAUGGAUGUAGAGAUAGACAGGUAUCCAUAAGCCGGGGUGUGAGUGCCUGAAAAACAGAGCUAGGUCUCACCCAUUUCUGUAUCUCCAGCAUCUAGCCCCAUGUCUGACACAUAGAAUGUCACCAAUAAAUGUUGAGUGAACGAGCCAAUGAAAGAAUUUACUUUACAUAAAAUGAUAAUAUGUGAAACAUGACCAUGACAAUAAUAUGUUGAGAGGUGAGUGUCAGGUGACAAGUUACUGAGUGGUCAUGGUACAACUAAGGACCGAACUUACAAUAUUUAAUUUAAAUGAGAAUUUUUUUAGUCGUUAAGGAAUAAUAAUUUGCAUGUAUACAUACAAAUUUGUACUUAUACAUUCAUUCAUUCAACAAAUAUUUUUUAAGUGCCUACUAUGUGCCAGGUACAGUUCUAGGACCAUUUAAAACAUUUGUUUUAACAUCUUUUUCCAUGGUUACCACCUUUAGUAAGUUAAACUGUUGCUCGAGCCUUGAUCCCUGGUGCAAAAUGCAAGUAUGUUCCCAUUUAUUUAUUGGCUCUAAUUAGCAGAAAAAACGACGACAACAACAAAACACACUUUUAAACAGCAAGUUCUCUUUGGGAAAAGAACUUCUAAUUACUUUUUCCUAUUCGUAGCCAUUAAUGUUUAGUUUGGGAGCGUAACGUAUUAGUUUAAAGAAAAGGUCAAGUCAGGUUAAUAUAUACUAGGUGACAGAUAAAAAGCUAGGUAACCAGACAGAUAAUGGACAGGGAGUCAUUCUUCCAACUAAACAAUGUCACUGGGGAAAGGAGGGUCAGUUGGAACCCGGUGUCUGGCAGUUACGGGAGGAGCUGUAGCUGGGCAGAGGGUGCCCAGCAGCCACCUCAGGGCCCCUAACCCCAAAACAGCCAACAUCGUACAUCCAGGCUUGUGUACCCGAGCCACAGGACAUCUGUGUGACUUUCAGAGUGACCCAAGAUGCAGAAGGACAACUCCCCACAGUUGGUGACCCCCACAUCAGUGAAAGCCAUCAUCUCGAGGAUUGAGGCUGCUCAGCUGACUCGGGCUCAGGAGGGUAUUUCUACUCAGCUUGCAGACAUCUUGGACAAUGUCAAUGGUGUCAUCAACCGCUUCCAGGAAGAAUUAGGAUAUAAUUUAAAAGAAAAGGCAAAAUCUCACCAGAAGGAGCAAAAGGGCAAGAACAGAUUCAUCUUGCUGGAGAAAAUUGCCUCCUUCUCCAAAGAUGCUAAGACAAAAGAGAAGCACCUGUAUGAAAUUCUCCGCUGGCUGGGUGACUGGGGUGACAGUCUGACCUACGAGAUCAGGAACAGAAAGAGUGAGAAGGAAGAGGAAGCCCUGGAUGAAUGGAUUGAGGUGAUGGAGAAAGUACUGCCUCUGUCCCUCAUCGCCACCAAGGGUGGCAUUGAGUCUCUUAUUUCCCUUUGCUCCACUCUCAUUGAAGAACAAAAGAAAAAGACACAAAUGUCCAAACGCACCUUCUGGCAGGGCUGGCGGGAAAAGAGCCCGCAAAAAUCUCCGCCUGAACCUCAGCCACUGAGCCCAGAGGAGAUGCUCCAGGACAAGCAAACUACUUGCUCAAGGGUCUCUGAGGUAAAGUCCAUGCUGCAGGAGCUCCUGGACUCCACCAUGUUCAAUAAAGGGGAGGUCAGGGCCAUCAGGUAUAUGUCUGCCGUGGUGGAGAACCUCAACAAAGCCUUGAUCCUCCAACAUCAGGAGAAUAGGACCCUGGAGACCAAGUACAGGUACAUGAAAAUAGAGAUGACCAAAGAGCUCAGCAGCCAGAGGCUGUACUUCCAGAAGUCUCUCAAAAUCCUUGAGAACAAGAGGGAUGCCCUCCUGAAACAGGUAGAAAUUCUCGGGGGAAAGUACCAUGACCUUCUUCUGAUUAAGCAUGCCUUAGAAUUCCAGCUGAAGAAAGCUCAGAGUGCUAGAGGUCAAGCAGAAGACUUGGUCAAGACUUUUGUUGACAUUCCAGGUCCUCCUGAGAAAGAGACCCUUCCAAAGAAAGAAAUAGUCAUGGAGCUCCCAACAAAAGUCUUGGUCUCUCAACAGGAGCCCAAGAAGGAGGAACAGUUGUUUUUACCACAUUCUCCAAGUCCCAUGGCUACAGCCUGGGACAGUGAUGGUACACCUUCCGCAUAUCAGCCACUUUCCACCAUGGCCACACAUUCAAGGAUUGCAGAUGUGUACCGCAGCAAGGACAUUGAAAGCCUCCCACCUGCAUCACCACCCUCGGUGGAUUAUAAGUUUCCUGAGACAGGGGAGAGACCGGUGGAAGAAAGGCUGGAUCACAAAGAUGAAGACCAGGAGGAUCUCUUCCAGGAAGAAGCCCAGGAGAAGGGAGAACUCCAAGUUAAGGUCAAUUUUAGGAAGCAGCAGUCCCCAGAGAGCUCCAGAAAGGUGUCCUCAGAGAGUGAGGAGGGGCCGUGGGAGGAGGAAUUCAGCUGGCAGAGGCGGAGGCAGCAGUGGCUGGAGGAGGAGGAGAUGUGGCUGCAGCGGCAGAAGAAGUGGUUCCUGCAGGAGCAGGAGCACCAGGAGAAGUUGCGGCAGUGGGAGAUGGAGGAGACGGUGAGGGAGCAGCGGCAGAGAUUCAUCCAGCCAGAAAAGGAGCAAGAGAGCCCAAGGAGGGAGUCAGAGAAGCCAAGGGAGGACAUAGAGAGGAUGAUCUUCAUGCCCACCAGUCGAUGGAGGGAAUUGGAGAAGGCAGAGCCAUCGUUGGCACCUCCUUCAAGCCGGGUCCAGUCUGCUCGCCAGGGCAGGAGGUCAUACUUGCCCAGAUCCCCUAGUAUCCCGCAGUCUGCCCCAGGAAGCCAGAGGACCGUGAGUUCAGCAGAACCUGCCCUGAAACCACGGACAUCUCGAGUUCGCACAAAGCCCAAGAAAUCAUCCUCCUUUCCUGUCACUGGGACAUCCAUCCGAAAGGUGACCAGGCCCUCUUUGCAGGCAUCCUUGGUAUCUCCUAAGGAGAAAGUGUACCGAAUGGACAUGGAGGCCCAGAGGAAGAACCUAGAGAUCCUGAAUAAGGAGGCUGAAUUGGGGCUGCCCCACUACCUGCGCAACAAGGCCUUGGAGCUUACCACCACCACCAUGGAGCUGAACUCGCUCAGGCUGCAGUACCUAUGCCAUAAGUACGCCACCUACAGACACUUCCAGAGGCUUCGACAAGAAGUGAUCAACCACAUACAAGUCAUGAGAAUAACUGGGGCUACCUACAAGGCCCAGAGCCUCUAUAUCUUCCUGGAAAACAUUGACCGCCUACAGAACCUCAGGCUGCAGACCUGGACAAAAAAACAGAAGGACCUGGAGGAGAAGCGCCGAGAAUGUCUGAGCAGCAUGGUGACCAUAUUCCCCAAGCUCCAGCUGGAGUGGAACGUUCACCUAAACACCCCUGUGGUCACCUCCCCAAAGCCAAGGAAAAGCAAGUCGCCCCCAGCCUUCCCCCGACACAUCCGUUCCAGUGGCCCCUCUUGCAAGAAGCCCCUGGAGCACUUUAUGUCCAAGCAGCGGGAAUGUGUGCCCCUGAGGAUGGCCCGCCACCAGGGGAGUCAGAUGGAGGCUGUCUGGAAGACUGAUGUGGCCUCUUCCAGCCAUCCAAUAGAAAAGAAGACUCCCCCCAGCUUGCAGUGGGACCAGCUAGGGGGGUACCCAGACAUUCCCCGGCUGUUGGCACUGGAUGUCCAUUCCUCCUACCAAAAAAGUUUGACGUCCCUCAAGACCUGUGCCUCAACAACCCAAAGGAAGGAAAGCCAGGAAUCCACAGAUGAGUCAGCUGAGCUUGUACACAAAAAAUCCAGCGAUUCCCUGCCUGGAACCCUAAAAAAGCAGAAGGACCAAGACAGUACCAGUCCAAACCCUAUCCCAUAGCCAGUGAUUCUCAAACUUCAGGGUGACUAAAAAUCACAUGGGAAACUUGUUACAAAUGCAGGUGCCCAUUGGGUGCCUUUAAACAGACACUGGGUGUUGCUAAGUGGUCCUAGAACUUUGAGAAACAUUACUUCCCUCCUUCAGUCCCCAAACUGUACAUUUUUAAUAAAAUAGAGGUUUGUUUGUUUUUACAAUUUUCUGUUUCAUUUCUGAAACCCACACCUCCUGGUUCAUUUCUGGAACUAGGUCUAGUACCAUCUAGACGCUGAACUAGGCACCAGUCUGAAAAGAUUUCCCAAGUGUUGUCUCUGUCCUUUGGGAACCAGGGA